AAGGAGGAGGGCUCACUUGUCAAGAAUGCCUUAGAAGAGUUGUGAAAACAGCCAGCCCGAGAAGGGGAGUCAUGCAGUUGCGGAUGCAGUUCUCCUACCAAGCCACAAGCCAGUCAGAUCAGUCAGGGAGAGAGAGACAGAGAGAAAGUGUGUGAGAGUGUCUCAGGACCAGAGGCUCUAAAGGACGUCACACACACUCCCAGAGAGAGAGGGAAACACGCUGUCACAGGAAGGCGUCUAUCCUCACGCGUUCUGGGCUGUGGAGGAGUCAACAGCCUCUGCCAGAAGUGAGUAUUCCAGAGGUGGAUGCAAUGAAAACGAUGAUGUGCAUUUAGUUCAGCUGCAGUGGAUAUUUCUCAAGAGUGACAAAGAUAGUGAUUUCCCACUUUUGACUUUCUUUCUGAGGAAGGGUUUUUUAACUUCCUCAGCACGGAGAAAAAGACUUUGUAAUAAGACACUAUUCAAGAGUGCGUGAAGUGUUUUCGCAUCACCAUGGAUCAGCCAGCCAGCAGCUGCAUGCGGAGCGCCCAUCCCAGCAGCCCCAUCUGGGGUUGCAUGAGGAACCCUCACUCAGGGGUCCCAGGAGCCAAUCUGCAAUCGCCCUACCAGCAGGCCCCUUUCUCUCUGCACCAGAAGCCCGAGUUCCUGGCCUACACAGACUUCUCCAGCUCUUGCCUGGUGCCGACUGCGCCUCACGCAGCCUACCCCCGUGACGACAGACUGUACCAAGAGAGCCCUGGGGGUUAUCAGAGAGUUGACUGGCAGUUCAACCCAUGCGAGACGCGGGUGAGAGCGUCCGAGGCCUGCCCGCCAGUCGCCCCCGCAGUAGUAGGCGGCGGUGGGGUCGGGGGCGUGGGCGUAGGGCCCGAGCUGGACAGUGCAGGGGGAGAACGGCUGCCAGGGGCCGUGUCCGGAUGCCUGGAUGGAGAAUAUUCGCCCCAGAGCGUGGCAUCGGCCGACUCUGACAAGAAGAGCUCCAAUAAGAGGAAGAGAGAUGUCACAGAUAUCCAGGAGUCCAGUUUUAAGGUGGACUCCAGCUGCAAGGCCAGGAAAGAGCGCACGGCGUUCACCAAGGAGCAGCUGAGAGAGCUGGAAGCUGAAUUCACCCACCAUAACUACCUGACCAGGCUCCGCCGCUACGAGAUCGCCGUCAACCUGGACCUCACAGAGAGACAGGUGAAAGUGUGGUUCCAGAACAGGAGGAUGAAGUGGAAGCGAGUGAAAGGAGGACAGUCAUCUUCACCCAACGACCUGGAAAAUGACGACAUAGACUCUGCUGCCUCGCCCACCUCUGAAUGAACAAGAAGGGGCCAGGCGCUGUGAAAAAGGAGACGCGGAUGUCUCUCGGA